AUGGAGUCUCCGAUCCAAAGAGCUGCCGCGGUCGGCUUCCUCGCCUUUGGCUUAAAUGUGAUUUACAACAUUUUCUUCCACCCGCUUCGCCACUUCCCUGGCCCCCUCUCUCACCGCGCCACCCUCUUCCCAUGGGGAUUCCACCUCGUCAGGGGCAAUCUCCCAUUGCACGCCCUCGAACUACACCAAAAAUACGGCCCCGUAGUGCGCAUGCGCCCCAAUGAGCUAGCCUUCGCAGACGCCCAGGCAUGGCAGGACAUCUACGGCCACAAGGUCCUCGGCAAGAGAGCCGGCCUCGCCCCGGGGAUCAAGGAAAUGCCCAAGGUGAAAAAGUUCUACAAGGCCUACAAGGGCUUGCCCGACACCAUCAUCACGGCCGACCAUGCCCGCCACGCUAGGUUCCGAAGGAUCUUGGCGCCGGGCUUCUCCGACAAGAGCAUGCGCGCCCAGGAGCCGCUCAUCUCGAAGUAUGUCGACCUGCUUAUCAAGAGGUUGCACCAGUAUAGCAGCAAGGGGCCCCAGGACAUGACCAACUGGUACAAUUGGACGACGUUCGACGUCAUCGGCGACCUUGCCUUUGGCGACUCGUUCAGGUGUCUGGAAAAAGCUGAGAGCCAUCCGUUCAUCUUGUACAUCUUCGGCUCGAUGAGGCAGUCCGCGUCGCUCAUGUUCCUAAGGUUCCUUGGCCUUCAGUCGCUCGCCACCGCCUUGCUGUUCGCUUUCCUCCGCAAAGGUCUGAUUCUGCGCUCUUUCGCCAACGUGACCCUGAAGAAGCGAAUUGAGAGCUACGAAUCCCGUCCUGACUUGAUCGAGCCGCUCCUGGCGAAGAAAGACGAGGAGAAAUUCACUUUCGGUACGCUUACUGGAAUGGCGUCGACGCUUCUCCUCGCCGGGUCCGAGACGACGGCGACGACUCUGACUGGUGUGACGUGGCUGCUCCUCGAUAACCCCGUCGCCUAUGAGAGAUUGAAGACGGAAGUGAGAUCCGCAUUUCAGUCGGAGGACGAGAUUAACUUCGCUUCGGUCCAAAAUUUGAGUUAUAUGCUUGCCUGUCUGAAUGAGGCUCUUCGCCUGUUCCCUCCCGUGGCAGUUGGGCUACCCAGGAGCACCCCCAAAGGAGGCGCUACCAUCGCCGGGAACUUUGUCCCGGAAGGGACCAUCGUCAGCGUGUAUCAGUGGGCCAUAAACAGACUUGCCUCCAACUGGAAUGCACCCGGCGAAUUCAUCCCAGAGCGCUUUCUCGGCGACGAACGGUUCCAGACUGACAAUCCGGCGUUCUUGCAUGCUGGGGACUGGCUCUCCCAGCAAAAGACUUAUAUUCUUUGGAUACGGCAGCCUCUUCGUGUUAACCUGAGGCCUGUCCAGAGGUGA